CUGAAUAGGUCAACUUUGCUCCAUUUUUAUUUGAGGUGUUUCUCUAUGCUCCCAUUGACGAUGAGAGCAGCAAAGCCAAGAUUGGGAAUGACACUAUUGUUUUCACCUUACAUAAAAAAGAAGCCGUCAUGUGGGAGGCCCUUUCUGUGUCAGGUGUUGACAAAGAGAUGAUGCAAAGAAUAAGAGAAAAAUCUAUUUUAAAAGCACAAGAAAGAGCAAAAGAAGCUACAGAAGCAAAAGCUGCAGCAAGGCGGGAAGAUCAAAAAUAUGCACUAAAUGUCAUGAUGAAGAUUGAAGAUGAAGAGAGGGAAAAAAUAGAACGUAUGAAAGAAAAUGAACGGAUAAAAGCAACUAAAGAAUUGGAAGCCUGGAAAAAACAUCAAAGUAAAGCUGAAGAACAAAAAAUAAUUCAAAGAGAAGAUAAGUUACACCAACAAGAAAAGCUAAUAGAAGAGGGAAAGAAAUUAAAACAUAAAAGUUUUCCUAGAAAUUCAACAUCGAGAAAUCUUGCCACAAAAGGGAGAAACUCAGAAAACAUAUUUUCUGAGAAGUUAAAAGAAGACAGUAUUCCUGCUCCUCGCUCUGUAGGCAGUAUUCAAGUCAACUUCACCCCUCGAGUAUUCCCAACUGCUCUCCGGGAAUCACGAGUAGCAGAAGAGGAGGAGUGGCUACACAAACAAGCAGAGGCACAAAGAGCAAUGAAUACUGAUAUUCCUGAACUUAGUGAUUUAAAAGAAGAAGAAAAGAACCCAGAAUGGUUGAAGGAUAAAGGAAACAAAUUGUUUGCAACAGAAAACUAUUUGGCAGCUAUUAAUGCAUACAACUUAGCCAUAAGACUAAAUACUAAGAUUCCACUAUUGUAUCUGAAUCGGGCUGCUUGCCACCUAAAAUUAAAAAAUUUACACAAGGCCAUCGAAGAUUCUUCUAAGGCACUAGAAUUAUUGACACCACCUGUUGCAGACAAUGCUAAUGCAAGAAUGAAGGCAUAUGUACGACGUGGAACAGCAUUCUGUCAACUAGAAUUGUAUGUAGAAGGCCUACAGGAUUAUGAAGCUGCACUUAAGAUUGAUCCGUCCAACAAAAUUGUACAAAAUGAUGCUGAGAAGAUUCGGAACAUAAUUCAAGGAACAGAAGUAAAAUCUUAAUGACUACUGGAAGCAACUAGGUAUUGUAAUGAGUUUUGUUUAGAGUUUUUUCAAAAUAACUGGAGGCAUUGGGAAUCUUUGUACAUGUUAUGGGUAAUUGUGCAGAAUCACUUUAUUUUAGUGCUCUAGUGCUGUUGGAAGGAAAAAUAUUACAAAUUUAUAGAAAAUAAUAUGUUUGAGAUGCAUGGUCUCUGAUUAAGUAAAUCAAAAUAAUCUAUUUCAAUUCUUUAUCUCUUUAUAUUAAUAUAUAAUUUAAUUACAUAUUUUUGUUACUGAAUUCAGCUUGCCCUUAUAACCAAUAAAAUAUUUGUUGGUGUGAUGAUGACCAAGACACUUACUGAUUCAUUUUUAACAAAGCAAAAUUUUAAAAUUAGAGAUUGUGUUUAAA